AUGACAAUCGCUGUAGACAUUCAUCCAGCUUCAAACACACUAUGCAUGAUUAAUGAACCAGACUCUUCCACCACUUAUUCACUUUCGGGACAUGUAUCCGUUUCACUGUCCUCGAGAGAUUCACUCUUUGAAAGAGUCCGCACCGAGAAAGUCCUUUUACGGUCCUUAAUAAUAAUCUUUGAAGGACAGACGGAGCUCAUCACUAAUGAAACUGGAUACUCCGCGGCACGUCUCUGCAGAGUAACGCGCGAGCUUGCGCCAGCUCAGGCUAUGUUACUAUCUAACGACAAUCAUGAGGGCAGCGACUCGUCUUCCGUCUGGAACUUUGUAUUCGAUCUACCUAUACCUGGAUGGCUCCCUUCAUCAAGUAUCUUUGGUACUGAUAUUCACGGGCCAACGGGGACAAGCUACUCGCUCUUUGCAGAGGCGCGCUUUACUCCCCUAGAAGGACCGCAUUCCCGCAGCUGGUCGUUUUCGACACUCUGCAUGCCGUUUUGGUCAAGACCGAGGAUCGCGAAAUCACCACGUGUGGAUAUCGAGGUCGUCCGCUGCACGUUGCCUACUAUUCUUGAGGAGCUUGAUUCUUCUGUGUCCUUCCCUGACGCGAUGUUCGUCGUGCACGCUCGAUGUGCCGAUAAAGACGAUGCAGAAUGCCCUGAGGAUGAUAUCUUUUCGAAUAUCGAGCUUCGUGCAUCUAUUCCUGAAUAUGUCGAUAUGGACUCGGGAAGUUUCAUGCUGACUUUACGAUUGCGUGCUGGAGCAUUGUCUGCUGAACAACAGCGGAAACUUCGAUUAUCCCAUUUCCGAAUGCAACUCUCGCAGAGCGAAGUUUAUAGCCGGAGACCGUCGCGUUCUUACACAUCUGCUUUCCCCCUUCCCUCGUCUCAGCCAGAUAGCACGCCAUUAUUAAAUGCGCAUCCUGUGAAGGCAAUGUACGACAUUGGCCUCGCACCCGUUAACUUCCCUGAAGGAGAAGUUCCUCGAGUUCGAACUUCCUUCUCUCUUCUCCCACACAAGCAGCAGGGCAGAUACGCCCUUCCAUAUGGCGGAGUCUCUUUAUUGCAGGAGGCCGCGGCCGCAGAUGAAAAUGUGUGGACGAGACUGGAUAUGAUUGUUCCGUUUGAGGGGGUAUCGAUUGGCGAGGACGAAAUAUGGGAGCGGCAGAAUGGUCGUGUCAAGGCACUUCGAGCAGACGAAGACAGCCCUUUCUUCCGUGUACACCAUGAAUUGGAGGUCGAGCUUACGUUCACGUACGAAGGUGGAGAGAAUGGAGACGAUGCGUCCAUCCGUGAAUCCAUGGUGUUUAGCAUUCCGGUCAAGUUUGCGCGACUUCCCCCGACGAAUCCUUGGGACGAUUCUACCUUUCUUCCUGCCUACUCUCAGUUAUUCUACUCGAAUGGAGAGCGGAGAACGGACUAUUCUACGCCCUUGCCGAUGUAUACGGCAAAAGCAGACCCAGAAAGUAUCGUAGCCGAAGAGAAGACGACCUAAGUAAGAGGAACCGAUUCUCCAUUUAUAACCCAAUGCACCAUUUCUGUCAGGAACAGUCGCCUAAUAUGUAAUAUCCCUUCGUCGUUCCCCAAGGUUUGCUAAUAUUUUC